AAAGGCAAAGCUUUGAGCUGAAAAACUCACUCUUCCUCUCAGAACUCUAAUGUCAGUUGAUAGUUCAUUUGGAAAGCUUCCUGAUCAUCUCCUAAUAGAAAUUUUCAUUCGAGUUCCUGUCUCAGAGUGGGCACAAAUAUCCUGUGUCAAAAAACAGUGGGCCAAUCUGUUUCGUGGAGAAUGUUUGUGGCAAGCUGCUCUUGCUACAACAUAUCCUUUGGCUAACCCAGCUAAAAGGUGGCCUGGACCUAUCCCUCGAGGGUUGAGCAAGAGGAGAUUUGCAGCUUUAUAUGUCAGUAAACAUAUCUUUUCUCUGGAUGGUGAGAUUGAUGAGAUUGUGGGCCAUACAUAUUUAUUUCUAAAAGAGCAGCUUGAGCUUUCAACUAUGCCACCCUCUUCUAGCAUAUUGCAUGGAACCAUAAUAGAUCAGUUUAUUGCUUGUGGUAAAUCGAGGGACAUGGCUCAUGAUCUUGCUUCCCAGAUCUGGCUGGCUGUUCUUGACAAUUUAGAGGAAAAUGAGCACACUUUUCAAAUACUUAAACGUCUCGCACAAGAGCGGGAUCAGGUUUUUCUUCCAUACCCCUACUCAAGAUCAAUCAAAGUCCAAUGGAGGGUGUUUGAAAAGCUCUUCACAGAUUUUCGCGACUGCUUUGAUAAUGUAGAUUACUAUGAUGUGUUAUCUUGCGCAAAGACCAAAUUUCAGCCAAUACCAUCCAUUUGGUUAGGUUACUGAUCCACCUCAAAUGCCUAUUUAUUCAGGAUUCAUGAGUAUUUGUAUAUAUAUAGGGGUCACUCUUUGCUUCUGCCUUCUGUCUCAUCUCGAAGAGAAUGGCCGUCUGAAAAAUUGAAAGUCUUGUGUACCAUGCUUGAUAGGAGCAAAAAGAAACUGUUUAUAUUUGUACUGUUAAUAGUUGCAUGAUUCGAAUACGUACCCAAACAGAGGAGAAGAGUUGCUUGAAAUUUUUUGUUGUAUAACUACAACCACGAGAAUGUAAUGCAACUUGAAAUUAUAUUUUAGCAUAAAGCCGUGAAAAUGAUUCUUUUAGGGUCAA